UAACGCUCGCGCGCAGGCGCUGCCCUCUGAACUGGAACGGAAAAUAACUUCCGGCUGGAGUCUGGUUUGGGUGCCGCCGACCUGAGGCGCGGGAUGCCGAUGCGGAGUCCCUGAACUACAUAUCAUUUAUUUCAUCCGUUAUAGUGAUGCUACAGGACAGGGAGGAAUGGAUAAAAACAUUGGCGAGCAACUCAAUAAAGCUUAUGAAGCCUUUCGACAAGCAUGCAUGGAUAGAGAUUCUGCAGUAAAAGAACUACAGCAAAAGACUGAGAACUAUGAGCAGAAAAUACGUGAACAACAGGAACAGCUGUUACUUCAACAAACUAUUAUUGACAAGCUAAAAUCACAGUUACUUCUUGUGAAUUCCAGUCGAGGAGGUUUUUGUCUUACAGAUAACAGUUAUGGCUGUGUCCCCCUCUUUGAAGACAAUGAAGCAAGGAAGAUUAAUAUCACUCUUGAUCAGCCAAAUGACAAUGUGAAAUUGGGAAUACCAAGAGAAAAAGAAUCUAAGGUCAGAAGACAAGAGGUUUCUUCUCCUAGGAAAGAAACUUCAUCAAGGAGUCUUGGCAUUCCUUUAUUCCAUGAAAGGGGAUAUAUAGAGAAGACAUUCAGGGAUCUGAAAGAAGAAUUUCAUAGAAUAUGCAUGCUAGCAAAAGCACAAAAAGAUCACUUAAGCAAACUGAAUGUACCAGUUACUGCAACUGAAACACAGUGUUCUGUGCCUAUACAGUGUACAGAUAAAACAGAUAAACAAGACGCAUUGUUCAAGCCUCAGACUAAAGAUGAUAUAAAUAGAGGUGCACCAUGUAUCACAUCUGUCACACCAAGAGGACUGGGUCAAGAUGAAGAGGAUACUUCUUUUGAAUCACUUUCUAAAUUCAAUGUCAAGUUCCCACCUAUGGACAGUGACUCCACAUUCUUACAUAGCACUCCAGAAAGACCCAAUGUUCUUUUUCCUGCUACAACUGAGGCUGUGUGUCAGGAUAAAUUUAAUAUGGAACUCAGAGACAACCCAGCAAACUUUGUUAAAACAGCAGAAACUUUAUUUGAUAUUCAGGGAAUUGACCCCAUAGCUUCAGCGAUACAAAAUCUUAAAACAACUAACAAAGCAAAACCUUCAAAUCUUGUAAAUGCUUGUAUUGGGACAACUCUGGAUAGAGCUGCAUGUUUGCCACCUGGAGACCAUAAUGCGUUAUAUAUAAAUACAUACCCACUUCGAGACCCGUCUGGUACACCUUUUCCUUCACUUGAUUCCCCAGGAAAAGCUAUCCGAGGACCACAGCAGCCCCUUUGGAAGCCCUUUCCUAAUCAAGACAGUGACUUACCGGUACUAAAUGGCACAGACUCAGAACUGCAUAUACCUAGAGUAUGUGAAUUCUGUCAAGCAGUUUUCCCACCAUCUAUUACAUCCAGGGGGGAUUUCCUCAGGCACCUUAAUUCACAUUUUAAUGGGGAGACUUAAAAUACAUUUGAAUACAGACAUGAAACGGUAUGAUGAUGUUGGGUUUGUAAAACUAUGUAUGAUUGCAAACUUAGUUCAAGAUAAUUUAUUGAAAAAUCUAGUCACAGCUGUUUGAAUUUUUUUUCUAAACUUACAUUGUAACUUUUUUUAUUAUCUCUUAAAACAUCACUGCUUCAGAACUGUUUCAUUGUAUUCAUAUUUACAGAGUUUACCUUAAUUCAGAAUUUAAAAGUGAUUUACAGACUUUGCUUCAAAUGUCUAAGCUUAACACUUGGACUUCUAAAUUUCUAUUGAAUUUUGGGAUGUCAAAAUUUAUAGGGAUUACUGAAUUGUAUUCAUUUAAAAUUUUAGAUUAUUUAUGCUAUUGGUGAUAUUCUCUUUGAAUAGUAUAGUAGGGAAUAGCAGACAGCAUAAACAUCUAAGUAUAUACCAAAACUAACAUAUUUGUUGCCCAGUGAUAAAAUCACUGGUACAGUCGUUUAAACACUUAGGUUAAUUUUUAAUAAAACAUGGUUUUAAUUUUUC